CCUCGCAGCAAUGACCGAGAAAAUAAAUCAUCCCCGGAACCAACGCAUAAAACCAUCGCCAGAGCCAAAUAACCAAAUACCCACCUCAUCAUCUGGACUCCACCUUCACCAUCCUUUCCCUCACAACUCAGCCUUUCCUCUCUCUCCCUUUGGUCGUAGUCUCUCUCUCUCUCUCUCUCACACACACACACACAUUUGUUCCAGCUUCGUUUGUUCUUCGCUGCCGUUAAUGGCGACGGGGUGGGUUAAAUCCCUGCAAUGCAAAUCCAACGCCUUGGAAGACGUCCACCCCCCGACGCCGUCAAAGAAGCCCCUCCUCUCUCUCUCUUGCGCCAACUCCCCUCACGUUCUCAAAGACGUCGUCUUUCUCUUCCCUAAAAACCCUUCCUCUCUCCCCAAAAAACCCACCCCCCAACCCCAAACCAAACCCAGACCCAAGCCCAAACCCAGACCUAAGCCCCCGAUCGCCCCGCCCUCGCCGCCGCCGGCGGGGCCGGCGCACUCCCACCAGUUCCCGACCCUCGCCGAGCUGCCGGUCGGCCACUCGUCCCGUCGGGUGGUCGAGAUCAUCUUCGGCUCGAGCUGGUCCGCCCGGGCUGCCGCGUUCCCGGGCGACAUCGAGAUGCUCUUCCGGGUCCACAACCCACCCCGGACCGUCGCCCGGUUCGAGGAAUACCGUGCCGCGGUCCGCGCCCGCUGCACCGCCUCACGCUCCGACGACUCCCGCUGCGCCGCCGACGGCAACGAGAUGAUGCGCUUCCACUGCGCCCCUAACUCGUCCGGCUCCGCCGGCGGCGAUGCGAUCUAUGACGGCAGGGUGGCGUGCUGCGAUGUAUGGUCGCUGGGGGGGGAAGGUCGGGGGGGGAUCCGGACCUUCGCCGGGAGCGGCCGAGCCCACGAGAUCGGCGGCGGUGGAGCCGGUCGGAGGGCGAUGCUAGUUUCCCGGGUCAUAGCCGGCCGGGUCCGGGCCGAGUCGGACCCCGAGUCCGUGGGCGAGUCGUUGGCCCUGGGAAAAGGAGAUUACAGUCCUGUGAUUGCGAAUCCUACCAAAAUCCUUCUGCCCCACCAGGUGAUGAAUGGUGCAGCAAAUAAGGUGGCGCUACGUAGACUACUCAAAAGUUCUGCUACAGGGCCCAAUUCAGUUACCAAGUUCCCGUGUUCAUAUGGGAAGAGGUUAGUGGUGAGAGUCAUACAGGUGAAGUAG